GAAAGGCAGGUCCUUCUAGAACUGGUAGUAAAUCAUUAGAAACAUGGAAGGCUAAAAAACGUAAGGUGAUAUCUGAUGAUACAAGCUCCGAAGAGGAAGAUUCAACUGAAAAGGAAUUUGUACGAAAAAUAAACUGUUUGCAAAAAGAGAAUAAACAGAAAUCCAAGAAUAUAAAGAAACAAAAACGCACUAUGGAGGACAUGUUGAACGAUUUAACUUCGGCAGCAGCAUUAAGCAAAAAAGUGUUAGAUAAUUUGAAGUCUGUAGAUGACUACCUCAUGUCUGCAAAUGCGAAACCUCACUCAAAACUAAAAGAAAAGUUUGAAACUAGUGAUCCAAAACAAAAUAAUGUGCAAAAUGACAUACACGACGAAUCAUUCCAAAUGGAUUUUGACAAACAAGAAAAUCUUUCCGCCGAACUGCAAAAAGAUAGUCACAAUCAGAAUAACGGAAUCACAAAAAAUGGCCAACUAGAAAGGACAAAUAAUUUUGAAGCGAAUAAUUUCAAGAAGAAUGACGAUACCAAUGAAAAUGAUGUUCAUUUAAAUUUCCAAGGUCAAGAUCAGAAAGAGAGUCUAAAGGAUAAAUACAAUCCAAAUAGUUUCCAGGUUCUCGAAAAAAGACAAAAAGAAGUAAUCGAUCCGAAAAAUAACUACGUUAAAGAAGACAUACCUAUAGCAGUUAAGGAAGAGAUUCAAAGUCUUGGCGAUACAGAUAUCACAGUGAGCUGUAAAAGGCUUAAUAUGUGUAAUCAUACAACUGCUACUAAGCUCACGACUGAUUUACUUUCACUUAUGUUCACAAAAGAAAAGCUCGCCACUUCAUCGAUGACUGGGAAAGUAGGAAACAUGCAUAUGCGAAAGGGUACUGCCGCCAAAAUGCAGUUAGAUGUUAGCAAAAUUGCAGCUAUUAACUCUUAUGUAAAAAGUAAAUUCCCUACUGUCGAGAAACUACAAUCUGUCAUCAACAAGGCCAUUCAACAAAAAUGUUGCAAUGCUGCGAAAAGUGUGAAGCUUAUUGCCUGCAAUUUGAACAACAUGACCCCGAAAGAGUAGCUCAAAAGCGUUGCACAGUUAUAAGUAUUUGUACUACUAAAGUUUUAUUUUUUUUAUACAUCUUCUAAUCGAUGAAACCAAAGACAAGUUAUUUUAUUUUCAUUAUUUACUUUUAUUAAUUUUUAUUCAUUUAUUUAUUUUAGUCAUUGAGCUUAGACUCAAUUGUAAACCAUAUAUAUCUUUGAUCGAUAAAUAAUAGGUGAAAAGUUAUGAAAAGCUAUCCAGUGAACAGUGUUGCACAUAAAUAGAUUAUAAAAACUAUGUUCGCGUUUAUACUCAUUUCGAUUAUACUUAUUUUUUCCGUGGGGUGCUCUUUACGUGAUUUGUUGUUUUUUUUAUAAAUUUGACUAUUUUAUUCUAAUCAUAAAGCAAAGUCUAACUUGAGUUUUAAAUAUUUAUAAAAAAAAUAUUGCAAGAUAGGAUCGUUAUAUCUAUGUUCUUUAUAAAAGGGAAUGCUAACCUGAUGUGUUCGUAAAAAUUUUUGAUAAAUAUUGUGUGUAAUUUCACACACAAACACGAUGACAUAUACUUGUAAACUGUAUAACUGUACAACAGAACUUAAGUAUAAAAGUAUGUAUACGUAUUUUGAGAGUUAAAAAGUUAAAAAUGUUAAUUUAUUUAUAACUCUGAUGUAUGUAUAAAGCGGCGGCGCGUGCGAAGCAUAUGCUGCUUCUAUAUAAAUGCCAAAUAAAUUAUGUAUGUAUUUAAUAUAUUAUGCUUCUCUUACUUGACUUAUUACUCCAUCAC